UUGGACAACGGGGUAUCCGUACAGCACCAGCAGCGCACCUCAGCAACACACGCAAGGCCGAUUUGACGCCGGGAACGAGCGACAAUUCUCUCACUUUGUCUCUGUCCUUCUGUCUGUGUGUCUGAGGAGAAUAAAAGACACCUUUGCCCGCGCCCGUCUCCUCGCCAGAUUCCCUCUCCCGCUUGUUCUCCUGUCUCUUCUACUUCAUCCGUGAAUCCCCUCCCAUUUACCUUUUUAUACCCAAUAUUCCCUUUACAACGAGAAGCUGCAGGCUCAAUUCGUUGUGUGUUCUCUCUCUCUUCCUCUCUAAGCAUUGUCUAGAGUGUGUCUUUUGACGAUCCCAUAAUAACCCUCUCCCUAUUACAAAGCUUCGUGCUUUCUUCAAAAACAUACGCAAUGGCCAACUCUCCCCACGGCGGUGUCCUCAAGGACCUUUUCGCGCGCGAUGCGCCGCGCCAGUCUGAGCUGCUUGCCGAGGCCGACAAGCUCCCUUCUCUCCUAUUGACCGAGCGUCACCUCUGCGAUCUUGAGCUGAUCCUCAACGGUGGUUUCUCUCCUCUCGAAGGUUUCAUGACCGAGAAGGACUACAAUGGAGUCGUCAAGGACAACCGUCUCGCCGAUGGCGCUCUCUUCUCCAUGCCCAUCACUCUCGAUGUCUCCCAACAGCAGAUUGACACCCUCUCCAUCAAGCCCGGUGCCCGCAUCACCCUCCGCGACCUCAGAGACGACCGCAACCUUGCCAUCCUCACCGUCGAGGAUGUCUACAAGCCCGACAGAGUCAAGGAGGCCAUUGAGGUCUUUGGCAGCGACGACGACACCCACCCCGGUGUGAAGCACCUCUUCAACAACACCAAUGACUUUUACGUUGGCGGUAAGCUCGAGGCUAUCCAGCGUCUUGCUCACUACGACUUCCUCGACCUCAGAUUCACCCCCGCCGAGUUGAGACAGCACUUUGAGAAGCUCGGCUGGAACAAGGUCGUCGCUUUCCAGACUCGCAACCCCAUGCACCGCGCCCACAGAGAGCUCACUGUCCGUGCCGCCCGCUCCCAACAAGCCAACGUCCUCAUCCACCCCGUCGUCGGCAUGACCAAGCCCGGUGACAUUGACCACUUCACCCGUGUCCGCGUCUACAAGGCUCUCCUCCCCAGAUACCCCAACGGCAUGGCCGCCCUGGCCCUGCUGCCCCUGGCUAUGCGCAUGGGCGGUCCCCGUGAGGCCAUCUGGCACGCCAUCAUCCGCAAGAACCACGGCGCCACGCACUUCAUUGUCGGCCGUGAUCACGCCGGCCCCGGCAAGAACAAGAACGGCAAGGACCACUACGGCCCGUACGACGCCCAGGUCGCCGUUCAGAAGUACUCUGACGAGCUCGGCAUCACCAUGGUCGAGUUCCAGGAGAUGAUUUACAUCCCCGACCGCGACGAGUACCAGCCCGCCAACGAGAUCGCCCCUGGCACCCACACCGCCAACAUCUCUGGUACCGAGCUCCGCAACCGCCUCAAGACCGGCAAGGAGAUCCCCGCGUGGUUCUCCUACCCCGAGGUCGUCAAGGUCCUGCGCGAGCAGAACCCCCUCCCCGCCCAAAAGGGCUUCACCAUCUUCCUCACUGGCCUGCUCAACAGCGGAAAGGAUCAGAUCGCAAAGGCCCUUCAGGUCACUCUUAACCAGGGCGGCGGCCGCUCCGUCUCCCUCCUUCUCGGCGAGACUGUCCGCCACGAGCUCUCCUCCGAGCUCGGCUUCAGCCGCGAGGACCGCGACAAGAACGUCGGCCGCAUCGCCUUCGUCGCCUCAGAGCUCACCCGCGCCGGCGCCGCCGUCAUUGCUGCGCCCAUUGCGCCUUUCGACGAGGCCCGUCAGAAGGCGCGCGAGCUGGUCGAGAAGGCCGGCCCCUUCUUCCUCGUGCACGUCGCCACCCCGCUCGAGUACGCCGAGAAGACGGACAAGCGCGGCAUCUACCAGAAGGCGCGCAACGGCGACAUCAAGGGCUUCACCGGCGUCGAUGACCCGUAUGAGGCGCCCGCCAAGGCCGACCUCGUUGUCAACCUCGAGCAGCAGACGGUCCGCUCCAUUGUUCACCAGAUUGUCCUGCUCCUCGAGAGCCAGGGUCUCCUGGACCGUUUGUAAACGCAAGAGUUUUGCAGACUUUCAUCAAUGAGCGAUAUAAGUGUGAUUUAUACGGCAUAGAGCGUACAUGCGCGUAGACCUCUUCUCAAAGCGCAAAAAAUUGGGUGGAUAUAUAUACAUCGGAGUUGAGACUUCAAAGACAACCUUGGGAUAUAAAAGUUGUUUGAUGAUGAAUUUUUACGAGUUAUUUUAUGCAAGAGAGAUGGCUAUAAAGCAUCAUAUAGUAGGCUAGGGUUGGAGAGUUGGAUAACACAUUACUUUUACCCACAUAUGGCUGAAUAGUGGAAUGGAACG